GGGGCUGGGACUGGGUUUAGAAGGAGGCCUGGAGGCCGGGGCCGCCUCCCGACGCCCGUUUGCUGGCUUCUGUCGCUCCAUCGAAUCCGAGGAGCGGAGGUGACCUCGGCCUCCAGCGUCUCCGAAGGGCUGAAGUGGCGUCGGCGGCCGGGAUGGCGUUGCUGGGCUUACUGCAGGCGGGCGGGUCGGUGCUGGGGCAGGCGAUGGAGCAGGUGACAGGCGGCAGCCUCCUGUCUACGCUCCUGAUCGCCUGCACCUUCACCCUCAGUCUGGUCUACCUGUUCCGCCUCGCCGUCGGACACCUGGCCCAGCUGCCGGCCGGGGCGAAAAGUCCACCAUACAUUUUGUCUCCAAUUCCAUUCCUUGGACAUGCAAUAGCAUUUGGGAAAAGUCCAAUUGAAUUCCUAGAAAAUGCAUAUGAGAAGGUUUUCUUGGAGCAGAAGAAAAUGUUAAAAACUGGUCUCAACAUAGCCCACUUUAGACAGCAUGUUUCUAUAAUUGAAAAAGAAACAAAGGAAUACUUUGAAAGUUGGGGAGAAAGUGGAGAAAAAAAUUUGUUUGAAGCUCUUUCUGAGCUAAUAAUUUUAACAGCUAGCCAUUGUUUACAUGGAAAGGAAAUCAGAAGUCAACUCAAUGAGAAGGUGGCACAGCUGUAUGCAGAUUUGGAUGGAGGUUUUAGCCACGCAGCCUGGCUGUUGCCCAGUUGGCUGCCUUUGCCAAGUUUCAGACGCAGGGACAGAGCUCAUCGAGAGAUCAAGAAUAUUUUCUAUAAGGCAAUCCAGAAACGCAGACAGUCAGGAGAAAAAAUUGAUGACAUUCUCCAAACUUUACUAGAUUCUACAUACAAGGAUGGGCGUCCUUUGACAGAUGAUGAAGUAGCAGGGAUGCUUAUUGGACUGCUCUUGGCAGGGCAGCAUACAUCCUCAACUACUAGUGCUUGGAUGGGCUUCUUUUUGGCCAGAGACAAAACACUUCAAGAAAAAUGUUAUUUAGAACAGAAAACAGUCUGCGGAGAGGAUCUGUGUCCUUUAACUUAUGACCAGCUCAAGGAUCUAAAUUUACUUGAUCGCUGUAUUAAGGAAACAUUAAGACUCAGACCUCCAAUAAUGACCAUGAUGAGAAUGGCCAGAACUCCCCAGACUGUGGCAGGGUAUACCAUUCCUCCAGGUCAUCAGGUAUGUGUGUCUCCCACAGUCAACCAAAGACUUAAAGACUCAUGGGUAGAACGUCUGGACUUUAAUCCUGAUCGCUACUUACAGGACAACCCAGCAUCAGGAGAGAAGUUUGCCUAUGUGCCAUUUGGAGCUGGGCGUCAUCGUUGUAUUGGGGAAAAUUUUGCCUAUGUUCAAAUCAAGACAAUUUGGUCCACUAUGCUUCGUUUAUAUGAAUUUGAUCUCAUUGAUGGAUAUUUUCCCAGUGUGAAUUAUACAACCAUGAUUCACACCCCUGAAAACCCAGUUAUCCGAUACAAACGAAGAUCAAAAUGAAAAAGGUGGCAAGAACUAAUGUGUGAAACAUCACUGUCAGCUGCAAAACCAUUUACAGAUGACGUUUAUGAAACAACUCCUAGUGUACUGUUUUUUGAGUGUAUAAUUUAAAGAUAAUGGUUUAAGAUUUUUACAUUUUAUUAACUGAAUGAUUCCACCAAUUCUGGUGGUAUUUCGAACAUUUUCUAAUAGUUUAUGAUGAAUACAGUCGUCCCUUGGUAGCUGUGGGGGAUUGGUUCCAGGACCCCCACGGAUACCAAAAUCCGAGGAUACUCAGGUCCCUUAUAUAAAAUGGGGUAGUAUC